AUGGCCGACCUACUCCCCCGCCAGCCAGUCAGUGUGAUCGUGCCACCAGUGGCCCCUUGUAUAGAAAGUGACCGACUGCAUCUCCGCCCCGUCACCGACUCCGACAUCCCCGCUCUCUUCGCCAUUCGCUCGAGACCAAAAGUCGCACAAUUCAACCAUCCUAAAACUCCCUUUAAAACGCAUGCCGAGACGCGCGAAUGGGUUGCUAGUAAAAUAUUCACUUCCGGAACCUCCGAUACAAUCGGUCGGUCAUUCAACUACGCCAUAUGCGAUAAAUCGCAGCCUGGCGUCCCUCUUAUCGGGUACGUGAGUAUCAAUGAGGUUGUGCCCUGUCCUGAGAUCGGGUACUCGUUGCUUCCUGAGUCGUGGGGGAAGGGGUAUGCGACGGAGGCGCUGCGGUUGAUGCUGAGUGCUUGGUGGAGGUUGCCGAGGAGGACAUGGGGUGACGAUGAGGAGGUGGAGAAGGUUUAUGCAAUCAGUCAACGGAAUAAUUUGGCAAGUUGUGCGGUUUUGAGGAAGUGUGGGUUUGUAAUGGAGAAGGAAGUGGACUUUGAGGAAGAUGAGCUUUAUGUUUGGAGUUUGAGGAGGCCGUGA